AUGUACAAGAUCGUAUUUUUCCUCGCUACCCUCGCUUUGGCCUGUGCCAAGCCUAGUGUGGUUGCACCAGCGCCUUUAGUCGCGGCACCUGCACGUCUAGUCGCAGCUCCAGCUCCAUUCGUUACGGCUUCCAGCUCCCAAUAUGUAUCAAGAAACUACAAUGGUCUGGUCGCCGCUGCUGCUCCUCUAGUCGCCUCAGCCCCUUUGGUCGCUCCCGCCCCCUACUUUGCCGCUCCAGCAUACGCCGCACCUGCAGCUAAUCUAGUAGCAGCGCCUGCACCUGUUGUGCCCGCUUUUGCUCGUUACGCAGCGCCCUACAUUGCGGCUUCACCUUACUUCGCUGCAUCCCCAUACUACGCCCCUUCUGCUCCUAUUGUCGCCCUCAAGUAA